AUGACAAGCCCCAGACGAACUAAAAAGACUGGUGCUCAGUGUAUCAUACAAAACGUAGACUGGGAUUCUCCAUCUGCGGACACUGGAACUGUGAAACGACGAAGAUCUUGCCCAGAAAAUUCGAAACAAUCGCUACCAACCCAAGAAGCUAUUUUCGAAGUACAAACUCCAUCUGAUUCGGGCAGUGGAACCUCCAGGAGUAUUGAUGAUACAGACAAGUCUGAUUCUCUCAUAGAUAUCGAACAAAGAAUUUCAUGCAUAAUUAAUGAAAGUAGAUCUUCUAAAAGUAAUUCCGAAUCUAGUGAUGUAGAUAUUUUUAUUGAAAAUUUACUAGAGAACCCUAUUGACGAUGAACUAUUCGGUUCUGACAAAAAUGAUACAAAAACUCUUACAUCAAUUGGUACAGAUGCAACAUUUGUUAAUGAUGCUGCGAACGAUAAAAAAUGUAAAGGUAAAAGACUUAAACCCCCCACACCAGUAAAAAAAAAUAACAAAUCUGAUGUUGCGAAAAAUAAGACUACAAUAGAAUCUGAAAAAAUAGGCGAUAAGGCUACUGUACUGCCAGUUUAUAGAUGUAGUUUACAGGGAUCUAGUAUAGAUUUUAAUGCUAGUAAUCAAAAGAAAAAAGGCACUUCAAAACUCAAACUACCCUUUUCUCCAAACAAAACAAUGGAUAAGCCUAAAAUAAACUUUUUUCAAAACAAAAAUAAUGUUCAACAAACAAAAUCACCCUUGCUCUCUUCUCCCGUGCGAAGAACUAUAUCUAAUGAAUAUGUGAGGUUAAAGUUUACAAAUGACACUGUUAUGAGACGAACUAUAGACGGAAAAUCUAUACCAAAAAUAACACCAAAAAUACAGUCAAUAAUACCGGAAAGUCCUAUUGAUAACGAGGACCCGUUUUUAAACCUCAGCCCUAACAAAAAAUAUACAGUGACAGUGAAUAAUAAAGUGCGUUGUGACAAGGAUAAUUAUGUGAUAUUUGAUCCCAACACUGGUUUUAAUCCAGAAGCAAAAGCGAAACAAUCAUUGAUACCGUUAAAAUCACCUAAAGGAGAAAAAUCGCGUAUUCCAUUAAAAUCGCCUGUUGGUGAGAGUUCAGGAGUGGCUCGUAAGUCCGCGAACGUUAGUGACACUGACAGUGGUAUUCUUUCUCCGAAUUCACCGGAGACAAGUGAAAAGGGUGCUUACUAUGUCAACGCUGCUGCAUUCAGUGCGACCGCAAAGAGAUAUGCAGAUUUGGACAUCACCAUUCUUGAUCCUGUCCUAGCGAAGAAAGCUACUGAGCAGAUCAAGGUGAGUUAA